CCGGGCUCGGAGCAGGAACUUGUUCUCACUGGGCGACCCUCGAACGCUUCGGUGCAGCGCUCCCAGAUUCACCUGGGGACCGGGGAAUGACACACCAUUGCGGAAAGACAUAUAAAGGCUGCCGUCUCUGGGCCCUGAGUCCUCCUUCAUCCUGAUCCAGCACCUUUAUAAUCCACCCACACUAUGGCUGUCGAAACCCUCUCCCCUCGUGAUGUCCCUACUACGCUGAACUAUCAUGUCCCCCUCCCGGACGGCGAAGGUCCCUACCGAUACGUCGACGAGCCCCCGGAAGGUGUACCCAGCUUCAACACCGCUACCGAGCCGCAUGACGUGGUGAUCCACGACGUACGUGGGAAGGAGGAUACGAUCGGUCUCGACAAGACCGGCUUUCAAUACGUCCGUCACGUCAGCAAGGAGAAGCUGUUCACAGACGAGGACGCGAUCAAGACGCAGUACUACAAGGAAGUUGAGGAGCUUUUGAAGACGCACGCGGGUGCCAAGAGGGUCUUUAUCUUCGACCACACCAUUAGGCGGUCCCCGUCGCAAGACAGUCUUGAACCCUCGAAAGUACAAAGGGGACCUGCGCACUUAGUCCAUGUCGACCAGACGGAUGUGGCCGCCUUCAACCGUGUACGCGAUCACCUGGGCGCGGAUGCCGAACGUCUCUUGAAGGGACGCUUCCGCAUCAUUAAUGUUUGGAGGCCUAUCGAGAACAACGUCGCCCACAACCCCCUCGCGCUGGCGGACUUCUACUCUGUCGACUACGACAAGGACCUCGUCUCGUCGCGCUUGAUCUAUCCUAACAAGGUCGGAUACACUUUCGUCGUGAAGCACAACCCUGCGCACAGGUGGCAUUACCUCGCGGAUCAGUCCCCCGAGGAGGUUGCACUGAUCAAGUGCUUUGACUCCGACUACAGCAAGGCGCGCUUGACUCCCCACACUGCUUUCAAGGACUCUACCAGUCCUACCGACGCUCCUCACAGACAGUCCAUCGAAGUCAGGGCUUUGGUGUUUGACACUGAGUAGGCGGCUGAGGUAUGAUCUUUUACAAGCCCAGAUCGUAGUAUGUUUAGAGAAGUUUUGAACUACACUUGCUGUACAUUAUGGUAUGUCGUGCAUGCGGUCUGAUAAUAUACAUAGCGCUGGGGUCACCUGGACCUCACAAAGGCCGAGCCUAAUUAGGAUGUAGAAAAUGAUCGGAGUUCCGGCUAGUUAGGCUAAUGAAUACAUUAUUCUCACUCACC